CUAGUGAAAGGAGACCAGAAGGUGAUCGAAAGAAAGGAGGGAUGCAGAGGAGAGGAAGAAAUUAAGGAGAGAGAGAGAGGGGAAGGGAGAGAGAGAGGCUGGCCCGUCCUUGAUUGCGGCUCGACUAAAUUUCAUAGCGGAGAGGAAGGAGGAGAAGUGAGGACAGGACACAGGAAGAAGGAAGAGAGAAGGAUAGGAGGAUAGUAAAAAGCGUCCCGGUUCCUAUCGACUGAAACACGGUGUUGAUUUCACCGACGCAGCGAGCAGCAUCACCUCACCUCCUGCGCAUCAUCCGCGGCUCCGCAUUGCCACUGCCCGCGGAGAAGACUAUCCGUGUUACAAGUUUGCCUGGAGCACUGGUAGAGGGAGAAACAGCCACAGCGAGCUGUUGGACAAACAGCUGUAGUCAACAGGCCCAAAUUGGAUGCCUCCUCUUCCUGUGAGAUAAGGUGAACAGGUUUUGGUCCCAUCUGCUCCUGAUCUUGUUGUGAUCCUGUCAUAAUCCAGUUGGAUCCAGAUAAUGGAGUUUUUGCUGUGCUUGCUGAUCCUCAGCUCAUUGGCUCUGAAGGAAACUGUUGGUGGAGAUGUGUGUGUGUCAGGUCAUGAUAGUGGGCCAGUGUUUGAAGAACAGCCAAGCAGUUCAAUUUACCCAGAGGGCUUGACUGAAGGCAAGGUGACCCUCAACUGUCAGGCCAGAGCCAGUCCAGCUGCUUCCUACAGAUGGCUUGUGAAUGGCACUGAUGUCCCACUCGGUUUGGACCUCCGUUACAGUCUGGUGGCUGGCAACCUGGUGAUCAGCAGUCCUGAGUCUAUUCGAGACACAGGCUCAUACCAGUGUCUGGCUAUAAACCGCUGUGGAAUCAUCAUCAGCAGAGCAGCUAACCUCAAAUUUGGCUACCUCCACGACUUCCCUCCAGACAACAGGAGUCCUCAGACAGCAUAUGAGGGCGUAGGAACUUUCCUGGCCUGCCAACCUCCCCCACAUUACCCAGCUCUGUCCUACCGCUGGUUCAUCAAUGAGUUUCCCAACUUCAUCAAGAGAGACGAUGGCCGUUGGUUUGUGUCGCAGGUAACAGGGAACCUCUAUGUAGCUAAAGCAGAACCAAACGACACCGGAAACUACUUCUGCUUCACCACCAUCAACAUGGACAUCAGCACCAAGAGCACUUUCAGCAAGGCCAACCAGCUCACUGUACUGCCUGAUGUCAAUCCCAGGAAGUCAGCUCCAAGCAUUAAAGUGCGCUUCCCAGCAGAGACCUAUGCUCUUGCAGGACACACUGCCCAGUUAGAAUGCUUCGCCUAUGGAAAUCCAGUUCCAAAGCUGCGAUGGAGGAAGGUGGACGGACUGAUGCCAUCCAAGGCAGGCUCUUCUGCAGAGGGUCCCACUCUCAUGCUACCAGAACUCUCCUUUGAUGAUGAGGGUGUUUACGAGUGUGAAGCCUACAACUCAGAGGGAAGUGAUACUUAUCAGGGGCGCAUCAAUGUGCAAGCUCAGCCAGAGUGGUUGCAGGUGAUGAGUGACUCUGAGGUGGAGAUCAGUUCAGAGCUGCACUGGAGUUGUGUUGCUGCUGGUAAACCACGACCGUCUAUACGCUGGCUACGCAAUGGACAGCCACUCAGCACACAGGACCGGGUGGAGGUGAAUGGAGCUCGUCUUAAGAUCAGUAACCUGGCUCUGGAGGAUUCUGGAAUGUACCAGUGUGUGGCUGAAAACAAGCAUGGCACCAUCUACUCCACUGCUGAGCUCAGAGUCCAAGUUCAGGCCCCAGACUUCAGAUUGAAUCCAGUGCGAAAGCUGAUUCCGGCAGCCAGAGGAGGGCAGGUGAUGAUUGAGUGUCGCCCUCGAGCUGCCCCAAAGCCCAGCCUGUUCUGGAGCCGUGGGACAGAGCUGCUCACCAAUAGCAGCAGAGUCACAGUAACCUCAGAUGGAGUCUUAUGGAUCCACAACAUCAGCAGGGCAGAUGAAGGGAAGUACACCUGUUUUGCUGAAAACUAUCUGGGCAAAGCCAACAGCACUGGACACCUAUCUGUCAGAGAUGCCACUAAGAUCACACUGGCUCCUUCCAAUGCUGACAUCAAUCAGGGGGAGAAUGUGACUCUGCAGUGUCAUGCCUCCCACGACCCCACCAUGGACCUGACCUUCACUUGGGCCCUCAACGGUGUCCUGCUGGAUAUGGAGGACCCAGCCAGGCCGUACCACCGGGUGGAGGGGAAGGAAAACAUUGGUGAUCUGUUGAUUGUGAACACUCAGCUGAGUCAAGCAGGGAUGUACACCUGCACAGCUCAGACUGUGGUGGACAGCGCCUCAGCCUCAGCUAAACUAGUGGUUCGAGGCCCUCCAGGACCUCCUGGAGGUUUACUGGUGAAGAAUGUUGCUGAGACAUCAGUGGAGCUCAGGUGGAGUCGUGGCUAUGAUAAUCACAGUCCCAUUGGCAAAUAUAUCAUCAUGGGCCGAUCAUCCAUAUCAUCACAGUGGAAGAAGAUGAGGACAGACCCAGCGAACAUUGAAGGGAACGCAGAGUCGGCUCGUGUAAUAGGACUGAUGCCCUGGAUGGAUUAUGAAUUUCAGGUCAUCGCCAGCAACAUCCUGGGCAGCGGAGAGCCAAGCAUGCCAUCACACACCAUUCGCACACAGCAAGCAGCUCCAACAGUGGCCCCCAGUGGACUUGCAGGAGGAGGAGGAGACCGCAAUGAAUUGAUUGUUACCUGGACGCCCAUGGCUAGGGAGUACCAGAACGGGGACAGCUUUGGCUACAUCCUGGCAUUUAGGAGGAAAGACACAUCAUCAUGGAUAGUGGUGCGCAUUCCCCAUGUGGAGUCAUCCCGCUAUGUUUACUACAAUGAAAGCCUGACACCGUACAGUCCGUUUGAGGUGAAGAUCAAAGCUUAUAACCGCCGAGGAGAAGGUCCAUUCAGCCAGAUUGCUGUGGUCCACUCUGCAGAAGAAGAGCCAACGGUGGGACCAUCAAACAUUAAUGCUACAGUGCUGACCGCCUUUGAGAUCCAGGUUUCAUGGGAGCCUGUCCAGCAGCUCAGUGCCAACGGCAUUCUCAGAGGAUAUGAGAUCCGGUACUGGCGGCAGCAUGAACGGGAAGCAGCAGCAGACCGAGUGAGGACAGCAGGAUUGGAAACAACAGCCAGGGUGUCUGGACUUCGACCCAGCACUCGAUACCACGUUGCUGUGCUGGCAUACAACAGCGCUGGCACUGGGCCACCCUCACCACGCACCACCGUCACCACCAGGAAACCACCUCCAAAUCGUCCCCCAGGCAACGUGUCAUGGAAGACAGAUGGCUCAGGGGUAUUGGUGAGAUGGGACCACGUGAAGGCCAUGCACAAUGAGUCAGCUGUAUUGGGCUACAAAGUCCUCUACAAACACGAGGGCCAGACUGCGCUGAAAGUUCUGGACAAGGCAAAGACGUCGGUCAGCCUGCCGCUGCCAAAAGACAAUGGUUAUGUUGUGCUAGAGAUUCGGUCCUGGGGAGAGGGAGGGGAUGGGCCAGCACACGAGAUCAUUGUGUCCCGGGACUCAGGAACUGGUAUGAUGGUACAGAACGAGGCCUCCUCUACACUAACCAGUCACCAUCUGCCGCUCCUCACUGGCUUGGUUUUCUUCACUCUUGUGUCUUUGUCAGACCUGUGAUCUCAGCCAAACUUUGGACUUUUUACUUUAAAUGGCUUGAACUAAAGUUCUCUUGUGUCUCAGCCUGUGUUUUGGGUUGGGGUGGGUUUCAGUGGUUGGGGAAGUUUGUAGCACUGCAGGGAUUGGAAGGAUGGGGGAGGACGAUGGGGAUUCAGUUUCCUUUUUUUAAAUAUAAUAAAUCAAGAGGGACGUGGUUUUUUGUUUUUAUAAAAAGAACAUUGGUCUGGAUGGGUUAAAAGAGGGAGGGGAAGCAGGGCAUCCCUGUCUGAUUGUGUGUUUGUGUACCAGUGUUAAUAAAAACCAUGCCUUAUGGGGACCAUCACAUCUGUGGCUAACACGUCUCACACACGUUCUCCAAACUGUAGCUGGCAGGACGCAGACAUCAGGUGUAAAUUACUCAUAAAAUCAAUGGUGUGUAUAACCCAUGUACAUACAGUACAGUCUCGCUUACAUGGUGGAGGUCUGCCUGUUCACACUGAGAGCAACUCGACUGAUGAGUCUCUGUAUUCUGAGCGGUUGCGGGUGGUGUGAGAGCUGAAACACUCUGCGUCUAGAAUAGUUAGAACAGCUCAUUAUGCAUUUUACACUGCUUGGUAUUGCCUGUCAUAAUUGCAUGGGCUUAGAGUGGGCUGCAGGAACAUUUUCAUUUUCUUAUCCUAAACCACUACUUUUUUCUGUGUUUGUAUGUACACAUUUUUAUGUCAUAUUCAACAAACUAAAUCAUGAAUACCACCUCUUCAUUAGGAGAUGUGCAUUGAACAUCAACAUGAAUAAUCCAGUUGUUACGUUGAGGCUGUUCCACUCCCUUUGUGGGCAAGUGUCAUUCACAAAUGCUGCAAAUCAGCAGUUCAUUCAUUUUCAGUUUUAGUAAUGAGAUUCAAGAAUCCCCAAUAAUAACAAAACAUCAUCUGCCAAGGAACAAUGUACUGUGACACACAGUGGUCCAUGACUUAUAUCACAGGCAGUCAGAGGGAUGACUACUAAACAGCAGAAGUCAGCCAUUCCAAAAUGUGCCACCAAAAUCACAAGAUCUAAAAACAGGCUAUUGAACCAAACUAGUUAUUUUCUUAAGCUGCUAUCACUUGCAACUUCAAAACAAAUCUGUUCAGAUGAGUGGUUCUUAAAAAAUAACAUUUGAGUAACCUCUUUGGAUCACUGCCUGGUCUGAGCCACAGACAGAGAAUUUGUCAGCCUAAAUUUCCUCUUCAAUCUUUUGGAAAUGUUCAAAUCCUACGUAGUAGUGUGUACACUAUCAGCCACAACAUUAAAACCGCCAAUUUUAAUGUUGUAGCCAAACAGUUUACACUUCCCAAAAUUACUGUAUAUCAGCAAAAAGGCAAAAACAAUGUAAGAAAAAUGACGAUAGUACACAGAAUGUACACAGCAAUGUUUCUUUAUUUUUCUGCAAUUAUACAUUUGGAACAUCUACCCAACCGAACUUAUUAUGGUACUUGUCAGUCUUGUUGCUCAUAGCGUGAACACAGAAUAAGAGUAAUUAAUUGAAGAAUUGAAGAACUUUUUAUUGUUGAUUUUGAGUUCCUGAUAAUGUCUAUAUGCGUGUUUGGUGUUUUUGCCUUGACUGUAAGUAUAGCUACAGACCUACGUCACUGGUCCAAAUGAAUGUUUACUUUUUCUAUUUAUGUUUCAUUUUUGGGGAGGUGAAAUUGGAUGAAUGACAGUAUUUAAUUCUGUGUUUACAUUUGUUGUGCCUGCAUUGUUUGAAUUAUUCUGACAACAAUGUAAAAAUGCUUCUGUUAAAUGUUUUAUUAGGUUUAUUGCAGCUGCUUUUAUGCUGAUAGGUUGAUAUAAAAUGGCUAGGGCAGCAGGGAUGAAUCACCCGAGGAGAUGAAGAGUUGUUCACCAAAGUUAUCAGAGAGUACAGCUGAUAGUGUUAUAUAUUGUUCUCAGUGUAAACCUGUCAGCAUGUAUUAGCUCUUAUGUAACAUGUCUGGUUUGCAGCAGUUUACAGGAAGGAUGUGACCUCUAGCUAUUCUUUUGUACACAGUUACAGUUAUCUUAGGUCUGAUCAGCUUGUCAAUAGUAGACAUCAAGUGCUUGUAAUUUCUGUCUUUUGUUGUUGCCUUAUUUUUUAUUCACUCAGAACUGUCUAAACUGUUUGCUGUCACAAGUUUAAUACUCAAAGGUUGAAGGGUAACUGAUGCUUUGGGUUCCUAUCAUCAUUCAAGACAGGCUGGUUUUGGUUUUCUGUAACUGCCAAAAAAACACAAACGAAACAGCCCAGUCAAGUUUAAACUCUCACUUCUCUAUGAUAUUUUGUUUUCUGUUGCAGGUUUACAUCAGUUGCCAAAAUUCAACACCAGUGUAUGGAGUAGUUAAUAUAUUAGUUUAUAUAGUGUAUUAAAAAUAAGACAGUGAUGGUCAUGGUGGUGGAUGAGUUAAUAUGUCAUAUGUUCUUGCGUUUUAGAUCAGUAACAUGGUUUCACGCCCAUCUCACUAGUAGUCUGUGUUGAUAUUUUUAUUGUAUGACAUCUUCUUUCCUUAACCCCACCAAUGUUUUAGUUGUUAUGACCUGAGUCUUUCACGAAUGUUAACAAAGUAGACCAUAAAAAUUCAUCCUUACACCUGAAAAUGUUAGAUUGAAAUAAAAAGAAAAAUCUCCAGGUCCAUUUACUAGCUUUCAACUGCAUUUCCACAGCUUUCCACAGCAUAUGUAGUUUGCUCAUCAUAGGGAUAGAUCAGUUGUCACCAUGUGACUUUAGUGUAGAACAUUACAACUCCAAAAACUCUAUAUCUACAUUCUAGAAAAAAAUGUGAUAUGGUUGAAAUUCAGGAAAAAACUAGUAUGUGGACCUUGAGCUAAGAAUGUUUUGUUUGUUAUUUAUUUAUGUUAAUUUUUUUUUUUUUUUCAACAGAUUUGAGGAAGGAGUUUUAUUCUCCUGUUGUGAGAAGAGCAAUGUGAUUUUGCUCUGUUUGUGAAGUGGCUGGAGCCGUCAUUAAAGUAUGACAAAUAUAAACCAGAGGGGCAAUACUAGCCUAACAAUUGACACUCACCUUGAUGAGCUCUCACCUGCACCUACGUUGUCUCCACAGGCCCUCCUCAAAUACUGUUUCUAUGACUUCCUCAGAAUUAGCUAAGAGCUGCCCACACCGACACAAAGUGACACAAACAAAUACAUAAAUUUGACAAGCACUCAAAACAUCACAACAUUAUAAAGAAGUUGUUUUAGUCAUUCAAUUUGCAUUUUAACAGUCAGAUCAUGUGAGAAGCUUGGGAGUUUAAUUGGAAGGUCUGGAACUUUUCUUCUUUUAUUAUCAAAACUUAUUUUAUCACAUGGUAUUUUAAUAUUUUUAUGGUCUGUGAACAACCUUUUUUUUUUUGAGUAAUUAUAUUUUUUCACUGUACAAGUGGUUGAAUGAUAGACCACUUGAUUGUACGAUCUUGCUUUAAUUUGUUGGAUAAAGGUAACUUUUAAUCACAUGCUUCAGAAUUUACACCAGAAUGUUGCUCUUAGUUAAGGAUUAAACAUACAUACACUUACAUUAGUGUGGGUGUAGCAAAAACAAUGUAUCAAGUAAACUUUUCUAUUUACACUGGAAAGCAAAAUAUCACAAAUGUUAAAAACAUUUAUACCCUGCAUUUCACCUAGAAAUAAUAAUUACUGUAGCCCACAUGUCCUUUGGUUAGUCACAGCAUCACUGUAUUAGUGCACUGAUAUUUGGAGUCAACAAAUUCUAGCCCUGCUCUUGGCUUCAGUGCUGAAUUACUGGUGUCAGUCUUUGAAAAACUAAAUUGGUUUAAUUUAAAUCACCAUCACUGUCCUUCACUCAGAUAUGUUGAGCAUCACACAACUGCUUCAUCUUCACACUAGUCCACAAGUUGGAAAUGUUUUCAGAUCUGUUGAAUGAUAUCCUGAUUUUGUGUUUUUGUGCUUUACUCUGUGCAAAGUGUUUUCUGAAUGCCUUUAGUAUUCAUUGAAGAGCCAUUAAGUCAUUUCACCAUGUCUGAGUGCUCAGUCACUGAAUGUUCUGGCUGAUUUUUCAGGUUUACUGGUGGACUGACUGGUUUCAUUAUUCACUUGAGAUGGUAACAGUGAGUCUGUUUUUCAUAUGGCUGAGCUGAAAUGCAUUGGCUACUGUUGCCUUUGGGCCUUUUCAAAAUUGUGGGAGGGGUGCUACUUGUAAAUAUGAUUUAAAAUAAACACAUUCGACUUGUAUUUCAGAAAAA